ACACACACACACACACUUUUUUGAAAAUCCUAAAUUUGCUCUUGGAAUAGGCCUAUACUGUAUCUCAUGCCAUAUUAUAUAAAGAAAAAUGUGAUUUAAAGAAAUGUAUAAUUACAAUAAACUUGCAACUGGUAAACCACGUCCACAUUUGUCGGGAAAACUCCCUGUAAUGCUUCACCUGUAAAAUAUUCCAGGUGAAGAUCAUCCCAGAACCCAAAGAGAGCGGCUAUUAUUUCCUGCCUGCUCCAGACCGCGGUCUGUCUUUUCAAAGCUCACGUCUUUCUCCCGCCCUCAGCCAAUAGGAUUCUGCCAUGUUGGGACCGUUCAGCCAAUCACAGGCCACGGCGAGGAGGAAAACUUGGAAGAUUUCCUGACUGUAAAUUAGUGCGUGUCCGCGAUGGGAGAAAUAAAAGUGGGAAGUGAUGAACAAUAGCGCGGGCUGUAUCCGGGUGGCGCCAGCAUUCCCGAGGAACUUUAGUGCUUUUCUUUGUGCAUACCGAUAGUGAAGGCAAGCACACACCGCUCAUUGUUGCCGCACAGCCCCAUUCACUCCAAGCACCGGCUACUGCCUUUUGAGUCAUAUGAGAGUUUAAGGCGAGAACGCCGGAAUCAAACAGCCGGCGGCGUCCUGUUGUCAAAUGAUUUGCAUACGGACUUCCGCCCCCUGAAUUUAGUUUCUGCAUCAACUAGCAAAACACUGGGGCAGACCUGAGCCCUCGUGUCAGGCGCAGAUAUGCGGACUUGACAUUUCAACUCGCUUGAUAUUUGGACAUGAACGGCACACGCGUGUAUUUCGGACGGUCCCGCUGGAUUCGGAUUAAACGGCACAUUGGGAUCUGACACUUUCGCUCUCAGAGGCGUUUACUAUGCUGGAUAUUCGCCGGCUCCUGUGGAUGUAACAGACUUCCAGUGUAGAAUUGGGAUAUUGGCUCGAUCUGUAGCAGGAAAAUGCGUGUUUUCAUCUCCCGUGGGUGUUGAUUUAAGACAGGGGAUUCCUUGUCGUGUCUGUUUGGAUCCUAAAGUGGGAUACAGGCAGAUCAUCCAAGCCAGUUCGGUGUCUGAUGUCUGAAUGCUCUGAUGUCUAUUUCAAUGUGUCAUAUUAGAAGAGUUGACCAUCUCUUUUGGAUGGAGUUUUACCUCGCGAUCUUCUUUUGACGUCUUGGACAGUCUGGAUGCAUUUUUAGCUCGUUUUUUUAGGUUGGAUUACUUCUUUUUUGGGGCUACUUUACCUUUUGUUUUAGUAACACAGGUUGGAUAUCGGUUUGUGUUGUUUUCAUUUCGCUGCUUUCUGUGUAACUACUGUUGAAAUCACACUUGUGAUUGUUUGACAAUCCGCAGGGUGAAAACACUGUGUGGUCUCUGUUUGUUUAUUUAUUGAUUCAUUGUUGGUUGAAAGCUUUUUUUGCACACAAUGACUUUCUUGUCGGCGGCAGCGGUUCUGUUGCUGCGUGGUCUCGUCAUCUCUGCGGUAUUGGGUUUGGAGAGUUCACUCACGAGUCAUCUGGCGAACCGAGUCACUCCUGACCCAGCAGCUGUUGCUCCCACAGACCCAUGUUCAGCAGUCAUGCCUCCAUGUACGAAUGAAGCUGAUCGCUUCAGUUUAGAGGCGCUUCGGCACAUUCACAAGCAGCUUGAUGAUGAUAAUGAUGGAGCCAUUGAAGUGAAUGAGAGCGUGGAGUUUAUCAUAGAGGACAUGAAGCAGCACCAGACCAAUAAACACAGUAAUCUCCACCGAGAGGACCAGCACAUCACGGUGGAGGAGCUAUGGAGGGGCUGGAAAAUAUCAGAAGUGCACAACUGGACACUAGAGGAUGUAGUGGAGUGGCUGAAAGAGUCCGUGGAGCUUCCUCAGUAUGAAAGAAACUUCAGAGAGUUUAAAGUAGAUGGCAACACGCUACCUCGAAUAGCAGCAAAUGAACCGGCGUUUAUGUCAAUGCAGCUAAAGAUAUUAGACCAACGACAUAAACAGAAAUUAAACCUGAAAGCGUUGGAUGCAGUGCUUUUUGGACCUCCACUACGUCACCACUAUCACUGGCUGAAGGACUUUAUUUUGAUGAUUUCCAUCAUCAUCGGUGUGGGCGGCUGCUGGUUUGCAUACAUACAAAACAAGUCAUCUAAAAUCCACAUCUCGCAGAUGAUGAAAGAUCUGGAGAGUCUGCAGCACGCUGAAGAGAGCCUGACAGAGCUCCAGAGCCGGUUGGAAAAGGCUCAGGAGGAGAACCGGACGGUGGCUGUGGAGAAGCAGAACCUGGAGCAGAAGAUGCGUGACGAGAUCACAGGAGCGAAGAAAGAAGCCAGCAGGCUGAGAGAGCUGCGGGAGGGAGCUGAAUGUGAGCUCAGCAGACUCAAAUACGCAGAGGAGGAGCUUGUGCAGGUGCGAAUGGCUCUGAAGCGAGCAGAGAAGCAGAUGCAGUCAGACUGGUCUCUGCCUGAAGCCCUGCAGAUGUGGCUACAGCUCACACAUGAGGUGGAGGUGCAGUACUACAACAUCAAGAAGCAGAACGCAGAGCUGCAGCUCACAGUCGCAAAGGAUGAGGCAGAAAAGAUUAAGAAGAAGAGAAGCUCAGUGUUUGGUACCCUUCACGUUGCACACAGCUCAUCGCUGGAUGAAGUAGACCACAAAAUACUUGAGGCUAAAAAAGCUCUAUCAGAGGUCACAGCAUGUUUGCGGGAACGCCUCCACCGCUGGCAGCAAAUAGAGAGGUUAUGUGGCUUUCCAGUGGUUAAUAAUUCUGGGCUGCCCAGCCUCACCGCCUCUUUAUAUGCUGACCACAGCUGGGUGGUGAUGCCACGCAUGUCAGUGCCACCCUACCCGAUUGCUGGUGGAGUGGACGAUCUUGACGAGGACACACCACCAAUCAUUCCACAGUUCACUUCUCCAUUGAUUCGACCUCCUCUGACGCGCAACAGCAGUGUUUGUCGUUCUCGCAGAAGUCUCAUGUCUCAGCCCACCACUCUCUCUGCUGACCCUGACCUGCUGUCCAUGGCCUCGGCCCCACUGGUCUACAGACCCGAGGGAGAGGAAGAACACAUCUUCUUCACUGUUGAAAGAAAGGGGGACCCUCAGGACACGUGCUCAGAUUCAGACUCUCUCAGUUCCUCUUUGGGAAGGAAGCAGUUUUCUGGUCCCGCUGUUCAAAGUACAUGUGUUACGGGCACGGAAACCCCUCCUCGCAAAAUCUCCCGUGAGGAGUUUUAUCCCCUGGAGGCCCAGGCGCUGGCUUUGGAGACCAUCAUGCCUCCUUCCACAUCGUCCCCUUCUUCUUUUCAUGACUCCUCCUCAGUUCACAAGGGCUCUCCUGAUCUGACCCGCUCUUCUGAUUUUCCAGAAUACCAAAAUUUAACCUUUCACCCUAGCACCAGAGUUGUGGCCUACAAUGGCAUUCUGGAAAAGUCAUACAGCAUGGGUCAGCUGCCCGCUAGUGGGACACCUCUAGAAGGACAUUACCCCUCCAUUAGCUCACUCGACAUAGAAAGCAAAGCUAUCAAGGAGUCCAAGCAGCUCCAAACCACCUCCCCCCAGGACUCUUGCGAUAACGGAGAGAAAAAACGCUCCAAGAUCAAGAGCUUGUUCAAGAAAAGCAAAAAGCUGUGAGGAACAGUAGAGAAGUGGGCGAAAUGGAGAGAAAAAGAAGCCUUAAAACAAAAUAAAUGAGGGUAAUGCUGUCAACCAGAAGCCAAAACAUUUUUCAGUUUCUUUGUCCUUUUUUAAAAUUUGUGUAGAAUGUAGCUUUAUCUGGGUUUAUUCCUGGCUUGGAAGCCUUUUUAUUGUGGUUUUUCUUUUUUUUAUUCUCACACGAAUGCCUUUGAAGGCCGGAAAAUGUCAUGUUAGCAUUCUAUAAAACAUGGCCUGUUCUGUUAAA